CAACUGGCGGGUACCGGUAUACCUGGUUAUAUCAUUACCAAGCUGCUGGGAGAGGAGCAUCAACCUAUCAUCCGUCCAACAUCGACCACUUUGCUAUAGGUAGCUGUCACAAGCUUACGAUUUCUUCUCUCCUCAUGCGCUCCUCGCCAUGGCGACUAAACGGAAGCUCGACGCAUCACCUCCCUCAGGCGCUGCCCGCACCCGUCCGCAUGAUGUGAGGUUGCCCACCAGCCCCCAGGAUUCGGAAGAGCCAGCGGAAAAUUAUCCCCGAAAACGCAUUGCAAUCGCCUGUAAUGUCUGUAGAUUUCGAAAGACUAGGUGUGAUGCAGUCAAACCUUCCUGUGGGUUCUGUACCGACCUGGGCAUAGAAUGCACAUACAGAAAGCCUACCAUGGGAGACAGGGCGAAGCAGGCGAGCAACCCACCAGAGGCACUCUCCAGUCUUGAAAGACGAUUGUCACAGCUGGAAGCGCGGGUUGAAUCGACUCAGCAAAUGAUGCAGAGUACUUCAAUACUCUCUCCGAAUGUGUCUAAUGCUAGUGAGAUGAUCGAGUCCCAAGACUCUACUUCCCGACGCUCAAGCAUGAAUCGAAGCGCCGUGGAAUACUUAAGUGCUCCCGCAUCGAAUCCAGCGGUUGGAACCCCCGUGUCCUACGAUUUCGCCUACCGACAAACUGCCACUGAGGCCACGACUGCGCGGCCUAGUUUACUUACUUUCCGUGCUCCAUACUACAUCAACGUGGAGAGUUGGGAUUAUACGGCAGAGUUCUAUGACGACGAGAUUCAAGCGGGAGAGCGACUGUGCGAUCAGUUCGACAACCUUGCUUUGCAGCCUUUGGAUCUAACGAAGAGGACUACAAGAAGGCUGCAGCAAAGUUUCGUCGAGAACUUUCUUCGAUGGACUCCAAUAUUCGACCAAAAGACAUGUGCAAGUGCCCUUGAUCGGGCGACCGUGGAUGGAUUCAUGGGCCAGAAUGCAACCAGCUGCCUCACUUUCAUGUUCCUAGCUCUAGGGGCAAUAUCAGAAGAUCGAAGCGAGGAUCCGGAGAAUCAAGCGCCUGGGCUCGAUUACUUCGCACGAGGAUGUCAAAUCCUCGAGAGGCUGUCCCUUCGUACUGGCAAUCUUACAGUAUUGCAAUGCCGCGUAUUACAGGCAUCAUACUUCAAGUUUGCGAUCCGGCCGCUGCAGACAUGGAAUUCGAUAACGCAAGCCGCCCGAGACUGUAUGCAUCUUCUCACCUCAAGGUCUCUCGAAAGAAUGGAUCAGCAGGAGCUUGAGGCACUUCACCGGGCAUUCUGGGCCUGCUCCACGAUAUUGCAUGAGCUUGAAGCUACCAUGAAGAUGCACCCCAUUGGGCUCCGCCAUUUCCACGAAAUGGUGCCCCUACCGCAGUUCGAAGAGGAGGAUUCGGGUUUCUAUUUCUUCCUUGCUCAGAUUAGCCUGCGCAAAUUCUUGACGCAAUCUUUGGAAGUUGUGGGGUACCACAGUGGAAAAGUUAUUUAUGCACCAGUCGUCACUAAAGAAUUAAGAAAGCAGGUCCGGGAAUGGUACGAUCACCUACCAAGCGUGGUCCGAUUUCCAAUUGACUCGACCCCGGUAUUUGAUACGAGGAAAAGUUUCCUCCGUGGCCAAUAUUUUGCCUUAUUCGUUGUUCUUGGUUGGCCAUCGGUACUGAAGAUUUUGGAAAGCGGCCAAGCCGAGGGUUCCAGCCUGGACAGCGAGUCUCUAUCGGUGACUAAAGAGCAAGCUGCCGGCUGCAUCAAAGGUUGUUGCUCCUAUCUUAGCAUUGCGGACGAGCAGCUCAUGGGCCGGAAGAUGGGCACGCACUUCACGUUGUGGGCUACAUAUGCAACACUAGCGACGCUGAUUAUAACAUUCAAUUGUCCAUGUCUAGCUUUCAUCGAAGAAACACGGCAAGAACAUCACAUUCGAAACGGUUAUGAGAUAUUGCGGCCCUGGGAACACCUUCCGAUGAUCCGACGUGGCCUCGAGAGAGCGAGGAUUAUGAUGGCCCAAGCAGGCCUAGUAGAUAGCAACUGCGUAGACGAAUAUUUGCCUUCUCAGGUAGUGAAUGUAGAUCUGAAACGGAGGUCGGAAACAUGAUCUUUGAAGAUUGGGGAGCAAUAAUGUUUGGGAAAGACCCCAAAUUUCAAGCGGAGAUCGAUAUCCGAACUUCCCCGCCCCUUCUUUGGAGAUUGCCCGCCAAAUUUGGACUGCACUAAGAG